CAUAAUAAAAUAUAUUUAAAAAACAACUUUAGCUGAAACAUUUAAUGUGACAUAACUCAUUAUCUAAUCGCAAUCACACAAGCCUUCCUCUUUUUAUCCCAGGAGAUUUGUAGGUUGUUGUACAAAGUGGAACAAAGACAAAGUAUAGCCAUCUUAGAGCUGCAGUGCGCAUGUCCCUCUUCAAGAUCUCCCUUUCGCUGUCUUUAUUUGGUGACGUGCAACAGAGUCAGUGAGUACUUUCUGUGUACCCUGGGUGCAUUCCUGUUCUUUUAAAAUCUGUCUAUAUUUAUAUAUAUUCAGUCUUUAGGUAGUUUUCGUCCACAGAAGCCUACGCCCGUGCACAGGAGGAAGUCCAUGUGGAUGACGUAAUCAUCAAUGGACAAUCAGCAUUCUUAAACAAUAUGAUCUCCAACGGUCAACACCCAUUUAAACGCAUUUCAGGGAUAUUGUCCUCGCAUUCCUGCCUCUCAAGACAAGCGCGCAUGCGGUAUAUGGUAAUGCGCGUGCCCCCAGACAGCCAAUGAGGAGGCGCGUCCCCUUUGGCACAAGUGACGGUUGACGGAAUAGGGGCGGGGCCUAUCCGCGGAGCUCUCCGGUUAAAAGCAAGCGGAGCAGCCAGCAGCGCACACUCAGUGGAGCGCGAGGCGGAUGGGGCACGUGCGCAGCGGGGGGGGCUUUAGUACUGUGAAACUUAGGAAGAACAGACAAAUAUUGUUAAAAUAAUUGAACAACAUCCCUCGUGAGUCCAUAACCUGCCCCUAGGGUUUGACUUUCUCCGGGAAAGAGCUUUUCUGCACUCACUCUCCUCACACUUUUAAUUUUUUUGAUUUUGAGGGGCGAAAAAAAAAUAAUGUGUGAGACACAGUUAGCGAGCUAAUGCUAAGCUAACUAGCUAGUUGAGAGAAGCGGCGGGAGAACAAAAGAAUAUUUUUGUUUUUGUUUUCAAAAGGGGGGUGGGGUGAGGGGGGGCCGGUUGUACCGAGAACCGAGCCCAUGCAGGACGUGUCGGUACCAGCACCAUGCCCGUGUUACUCUUUCUGAUAGACACGUCCGCCUCCAUGAACCAGCGCACCCAUCUGGGCACGAGCUACCUGGACAUAGCGAAGGGCGCGGUAGAGACGUUCAUGAAGCUCCGGGGCAGGGACCCGGCCAGCCGAGGGGACCGGUACAUGUUGGUCAAUUAUGAGGACGUUCCGUUCGGGAUCAAGGCCGGGUGGAAGGAGAGCCAUGCCACCUUCAUGACGGAGCUCAGGAACCUGCAGGCGGCCGGCCUCACGUCCAUCGGCACGUCUCUGAGGACGGCCUUCGACCUGCUGAACCUCAACAGGCUGGUGACGGGCAUCGACAACUAUGGACAGGGAAGGAAUCCCUUCUUCCUCGAACCCGCCAUCAUCAUCGCCAUCACCGACGGCAACAAGUUGACCAGCGGGGGCGGAGUCCAGGACGAGCUCCACCUUCCUCUGACCACGCCCCUGCCGGGCAGCGAGUUGACCAAGGAGCCGUUCCGGUGGGACCAGCGUCUCUUCGCUCUGGUUCUGCGUAUCGCCGGCAACGUCUCGGUGGAGCCGGAGCCGCUCGGCGGCGUCCCGCCGGACGACUCCCCCAUCACCCCCAUGUGCGAGGUCACCGGAGGGCGUUCCUACAGCGUGUUCUCCCAGCGGAUGUUGAAUCAGUGUCUGGAGUCUCUGGUGCAGAAGAUCCAGAGCGGUGUGGUCAUCAACUUUGAGAAGACCGGCCCGGACCCGGCUCCUCUGGAGGACGCUGCAGCCGAGCCCCUGAAGGCCGGCGCUCAGACGUGGCACUGCUGCCACAAGCUGAUCUACGUGAGGCCCAACCCGAAGACCGGGGUCCCCAUCGGCCACUGGCCCGUCCCCGAGGCCUUCUGGCCGGACCAGAACUCGCCCACGCUGCCCCCCCGCUCGGCCCACCCCCACAUCCGGUUCUCCUGUCUGGACUCGGAGCCGAUGGUCAUCGACAAGGUUCCCUUCGACAAAUACGAGCUGGAGCCGUCGCCGCUCACGCAGUUCAUCCUGGAGAGGAAGUCCCCGCACACCUGCUGGCAGGUGUUUGUGUGUAACAGUGCCAGGUACAGUGACCUGGGCCAGCCCUUCGGCUACCUGAAGGCCAGCACGGCUCUGAACUGCGUCAACCUGUUCGUGAUGCCCUAUAAUUACCCCGUGCUGCUGCCGCUGCUGGACGACUUGAUCAAAGUGCACAAGUUCAAGCCGACCAUCAAGUGGCGUCAGUCCUUUGAGAACUACCUGAAGACGAUGCCUCCGUAUUACAUCGGGUCUCUGAGGAAAGCUCUGAGGAUCAUGGGAGCUCCCAACCUGCUGGCCGACAACAUGGAGUACGGCCUGAGCUACAGCGUGGUGUCCUACCUGAAGAAGCUCAGCCAGCAGUCCAAGAUGGAGUACGACCGGCUGAUCACUCUGAUCGGCACCAAGCAGCCGCCGGAGGCCGGCAUCAAGGUGCGCUGGCGGGGGGGAGGGGGCGUGUCUCUGGCCCAGAGGCGGGACUUCAUCCAGCAGCUGCUCAGCCUGUCUGCAGACGCUCAGGCUCCGCCCCUCGAGCUCAACCCCAAAGAGUUCCAGGGCUUCCAGCUGGCGCUGCCCAACGAGGCCCUGAAGCCUCAGAGCUUCAGGAAUCCGUACGACAUCCCUCGCAGUCAGCUGCUGGACCAGCUGAGCCGGAUGAGGAGGAACCUCCUGAACACGGGCGUGUGUCUGCUGAGGGGGCAGGACUCGGACCAGCUGCACAGCGUGCCCAUCGCCCAGAUGGGGAACUACCAGGACUUCCUGAAGGCCGCUCCGCAGCCGCUCCGAGACGCCGACCCCGAGCAGCCCAAGCGCCUGCACACCUUCGGCAACCCCUUCAAGCUCGACAAGAAGGGCAUGAUGAUCGACGAGGCGGACGAGUUCGUGACGGGUCCCCAGAACAAAAGCAAGCGGCCCGGAGACAGCAGCAACAUGACGGGGGGCGGGCCCAAGAGGCGGCGCUGCAUGUCGCCCCUGGUGCGCCUGGGCCGCGCCUACACGCCCCCGGUGACGCCGCCCGCCAGCCCCCGACCCGCAGACAUGGACGUGUCUGACGAAGCAGCAGAACCAGACCCGGUCCUGAACCACCUGGACCAGAACCACUACCCCACCUACGGGGGCUCGGACUCGGAGGCGGAGCUCGACUCGCUGCCCGCCGGCCACCAGGAGAACCACGCGCGCCCCGAGGAGCUGGGGCGCGGCGGGGAGGAGGAGGAAGAAGAGGAGGAGGAGGAGCAGCAGCAUGAGGAAGAUGAACAGCAGGAGGAGGAGGAGCCACAUGAGGAGGAGGAGGAGGAGCAGGAGAAAGAGGAGCGGCCGGCGGCCUCGGUGUCGGGCAGCGAGGACGAAGCGGAGCUCCUGAUGCUGGACGAGCUGCCGGCUCGCUACCUGUCGCCCGCCGCGCUGAAGAAACACCUCCACGAGGAGACGAGCAAGGUCAACAACGAGCUGAGGGCGCUCAUCACCAAGGAGAUCAGGAAGCCCGGCAGAUACUACGAGAAGAUCUUCCUCCUCCUGAAGCAGAUCCAGGGCACUCUGGAUACACAACUCAUCUUCCUCCAGAACAUCAUCAAGGAGGCCGCCAGAUUUAAGAAGCGCGUUCUCAUCGAGCAGCUGGAGAACGUCCUGGAGGAGAUCCACAACCGCUCCAUCAGCAUGAACCUCGUGGACUCCCUCUGAGACUCGCUCUAGACCCCCUCGUGGCCUCGCUCUAGACCCCCUCGUGGCCUCGCUCUAGACCCCCUCGUGGUCUCGCUCUAGACCCCCCAUGGAGACGUUACUGGCGGUGGUCUGCUCCCCAUCUGGAGGAGGUUUGUGUCCUCAGCUCUGAGGACUUUUGGACUUCUUUACAAAGAUCAAAGUGUUUCUACACUCCAGGAACCGAAGCGCUCUGACGGACAGAGAGAGAGACACAGAGAGACACAGAGACACAGAGAGAGAGAGUCGUACCCGAUGACUAAAAUAAAGGUUUUGUGGUUCAACAGCUCAGGGACUCACAACUUCACUCAGCAAUAAAGUUCUACCUUCAUCCUCAGUUCAUGGAUCCACGUGUAAUACCCAACACGUCCACACGUGUAAUAACUUGUCUCAUCGUCCCAACAUGCUGCCAAACCCCCCCCACACACACACACACACAGUGGAUCUCAAACCAACGGCUCGUCACAUAACCGUGAAUGCACUUGUGUACAUUUGAGAAUGUUUAUUUAAUUUAAUAAUAAAAAUAAAAAAAGAAGAAAAGCUUUUCGUUGCAGAUUUUUCCUUUGAGUUUUUCGUUAAAUCUUCUCAAAUCUACACAACGAGAUGCCAAAUGUCUUCGCUGAGGAGGCGCUGACCAAAAGAGUAUUUUGAAUACGCUGUAAAGAUGUAAAUAACCUGAGAGACUUAUUUAAAGAACCUUCACAGGAAAACGGCUUUUUGUAUUCCAUGAAUAAAGUUUCUUUUACACUGAAGGUGUAAAUAAAGUGUUGUGUACA